CGCCUCUCCCCGCCCCAGCAUGCGGAUCGUGGAUGACGAUGUGAGCUGGAACAGCAUCGCCGCCGCCCCGGAGAAGGAGGAGGAGGAGGACGAAGGGGACAUGCCUGUGGUGGCAGAGUUCAUUGAUGAACGCCCCGAUGAGGUGAAGCUCAUGGAGGAAUUCCGAACAAACUCCAAAUGGAAGCUUCUAGGAGAUGAGGACUCGCAGAGUUCGGAUGUUUCGGGACCUGCCAAGUCUGGCUCCAGGCGGCGGCGCCACGACUCCCCAGAGCCCUCGUCCCCAGCAGGGAAACACAACGGCUCCUUGGAGCUCUCUCCUCCGAGGAGACAGCACCACGACACCCCUGAGCCCUCACCUCCCAGGAGACAACGUCACGAUACACCAGACCUGUCCCCUCCCAGGAGACAGCGUCAUGACACACCAGACCUGUCACCUCCCAGGAGACAGCGCCAUGACACCCCAGACCUGUCACCUCCCAGGAGACCACGCCACGAUACACCAGACCUGUCCCCUCCCAGGAGACAACGUCACGAUACACCAGACCUGUCCCCUCCCAGGAGAAGGCGUCAUGACACCCCUGACCCCUCACCUCCCAGGAGAAGGCGUCAUGAUACACCAGACCCCUCACCUCCCAGGAGACAGCGCCAUGACACACCAGACCUGUCCCCUCCCAGGAGACAGCGCCACGACACCCCUGACCCCUCACCUCCCAGGAGACAGCGCCACGACACCCCUGACCCCUCACCUCCCAGGAGAAGGCGUCAUGACACCCCAGACCUGUCACCUCCCAGGAGACAGCGCCACGACACCCCAGACCUGUCACCUCCCAGGAAAAGGCGUCAUGACACCCCAGACCUGUCACCUCCCCGGCGGCAGUGUCAGGAUUUGUCCCCUCGGAGAGAGAAGCCGGGGUCCCCGAGUGGGAAAAGGAGCCGAACGAAAGGACGGGCUUCGCCUGCCCAGAAGGACCAGCACAGGUCACGGAGUCCCCCAGAGCACUCCCCACACCGCCGGGAUGCCAAGGGCUCUCCCAACAAGGCUGACACAAUGGCAUACAGGGUCAGAGCUGGCCUGGUGUCGGCCGAUGUGCUGCAGAGGGAGAAGCAGGAGCUCCGGAAGCACGAGAGGAGCACCAAGCACCUGGAAGAGGAAUCCCGGAACGCUCAGACCGUGUACCGAGACAAGUCCGGCCGCAAGAGGAACCUGGCCCAGGAGCAGCUGGAGCAGAGGCUGAAGGCUGAAGCAGAGUCCAAGAGAGAAGAGCAAUAUGCCAAGUGGGGAAAAGGGCUGGCACAGGAGAGGCAGCAGCAGCAGAACGUGGAGGAUGCAGUGAAGGAGAUGCAGAAGCCUUUGGCCCGGUACAUCGAUGACCAGGACCUGGAUCGAAUGCUGAGGGAACAGGAGAGGGAAGGAGACCCCAUGGCUGCUCUCAUCAAGAAAAGGAAGGCCAAGGAGAACAAGGAGAAAGAAAAACCCAGGUACAAGGGACCAGCACCUCCACUCAACAGGUUUAACAUCUGGCCUGGGCAUCGCUGGGACGGUGUGGACAGGUCCAACGGCUUCGAGCAGCAGCGCUUCGCCCGCAUUGCCAACAAGAAGGCGGUGCAGGAGCUCGCCUACAAGUGGAGUGUCGAGGACAUGUAGGGAGAGCUCCUGCAGGGACCCACAGGCACCACCCACAGAGCCCUGAGGAAUGGCCUGCUCUC